AUGUUCUUCUUCUUCGUGGGCGGCGUGGAGCAGGGGGCGGGGCGGGUGCUCAAGGAGGCGGCGGGGCGGUGCCUGCGCUGCGGCGGCGGGGCGGACUUGGUGGAGACUGAGAAGGUGCUCAAGCUCUUCUUCGUCCCGGCGUGGCGGUGGAAGGGCAAGGACCCCGCCUACCUCUGCCGCGAGUGCGGCCUCCUCGCGCCGGGAUCCCUCGGCGGCGGUGGCGGCGAGCCGGGCACGCUCCUCCCCCGCGCGGACCGGUGCGGCGCCUGCAGCCGCGCCGUCGACCCGCAGUUCCGGUUCUGCCCCUUCUGCGGCUCCGCGCUGUGA